AUGUCACUCCAAGGCAAGAAAGCGUCCAAAAAGCUGUGUUUUGUGACUGUCGGGGCAACAGCUUCCUUCAACUCUUUGAUAUCUGCUACGUUGCAUCCCCAAUUUCUCGACGCAUUAUCGAAAGCAGGGUAUACGAACCUCCUUGUGCAAUACGGCAAGGACGGCAAAGCAGUAUUUGACAAGCUGACUUCAGAGCUUGAUGGCUUAGCUGGACACGGCAUUGCGAUCGAUGGAUUUGACUUCAACCGCGAUGGGCUAGAUCAAGAAUUAAAAGCUGCAAAGGGGCUACCAGAGAACUCCGAGGGCGUUGUCAUCAGUCAUGCAGGCUCGGGCACCAUAUUGGCCGUUUUGAGGAUAGACGUACCUCUUGUCGUUGUACCAAACGAAGACUUGCUCGACAACCAUCAAGUGGAACUCGCAAAGGUAUUGGAAGAGCAGGGAUAUGUGAUAUACGGGCGUUUAGAAGAUCUACCCGCAACAAUUGCCAAAUCCGAGGAGUUACGCAUUCGACACAAGUCUUGGCCACCCGUAAAUAGUGGAGCACAUCGUCAAGCGCGGGGUCUUGCAGGUGUCAUGGAUGAAGAGAUGGGGUUUCUAGACUAG